GGAAUGCUGUCAAUAACUUCAGUGAAGUUCCUUCACUGAUAAGUAAUUUUAAAAAUAUUGAGGAAUUUCAUAUACUAAUUCUUUAAUUUUUUUGUAAUUUGUAACUAAAUGUGUGCAGAUUGGGAAAUAGAUUAAAAUUAAUAAUGUGGUUACACUUUCUAUCAGAUGUAGAUCUUGAUUGACGUAGAAGGGAAGAGUAUUCCAUUACAUCGUAAAUAAAUAUUGAAUGAAAUAAUUUUAUUAUUAAAAAAAUAUUAUGGACGAUGAUUUUGAAAACAUAAAAAAAUCGGAUAUUCCGGCAAACGAUGAUAAUGAUAAGUCAGCUGUUUCAACUAGGGAAGAUGACCUUUCCUCCUUCAGGGAACAGUGGCAAAAAGAAAUUCAAUCAACAAAAAACAACCAAACUGAAGAACAAUUCAGAAAAGUACCUACUACUUCAGAAAAUAAUGUUUAUAACAAUGUUGACUUGAAAACGACUAAUCAAGAUGAUGAUAAUGAAAGAGCAACCAGACUUUUCCUCAAAGGUAUUGAAAUGGAAAAUUCUGGAAAAUUAUAUGAAGCUAUCCAAUACUACAAGCAAGCGGUUCAAAUUGUACCUGAUGUUGAAUAUUUAUUGCACAAAAAAAGCAAAAUGAAACUGAAACAGGAUAGCUUGGAAAGGGAAGUGAAUAUUAAAGAAAACACUGAUGUUAAUGAUGUAUCAACAGAUGAUGAUGAAGAUAAUAAAGAUGAAGAAAUUUAUGUUAGAUUACAAAGAAAAGUUUCAAACAAAUCAACACUAUGCCUUCCGAAACAACCAAAAAGGGGCAUUCAUAUUGGUCAAAUGCCCUUUGAAGUGAUUUUGUACAUAUUAAAAUGGGUUGUGUCUGAACAUUUGGAUAUGAGAUCAUUGGAAAUGUUUUCUAGAGUAUGUAGAGGAUUUUAUGUGUGCGCCAGAGAUCCUGAGAUAUGGAGGAUAGCUUGUAUGAGAAUAUGGGGAGUGAAUUGUGGUUCUUCCCCUGGCGAUUAUAAAACUUGGAGAAACAUGUUCAUCGAUAGGCCAAGAGUCAAUUUUAAUGGCUGUUACAUUAGCAAAACUACUUAUAUUCGCAAUGGCGAAAACAGUUUCCAAGAUCAAUUUUAUAGGCCUUGGUAUUUGGUCGCUUAUUAUCGCUAUCUGAGGUUUUAUCCAGAUGGUACUGUAAUAAUGUUGACUUCUGCAGACGAACCCUCACAAAGCAUUAAUUUAUUAAAAAAUAAAAACGUUCGAGACCCAGUUCUUUCUGGUUAUUAUAGAUUAAAAGAUGAUAAAAUCAUGUUGGUGAUACAGAGGCAUGUUAAAAAUGCUCAAACUGAUUAUAAGAGGGAUCACAAAAAACAAGAUGCUAUGAAUAAAAAAGAAAUAGUAUUUAAUAUGGAAUUUCAAAUAAAAAGCAAAAGGAAAAAACACGAUCAACUUCAUUGGAGUCACUAUUCCAUUGCAACAAGAGGAAGAGGCAUACCGGAAAGCAUAACUAAUUUUGACUUAUACGGUAGUAGAUAUCCUCCUUUGGUUUUUUCUCGUGUGAAAAGUUACACUGAAAAUUCGGAGAACCUUUUGACAUAAAAAGUUGGAAUUACUGGUGAUAUUCAUCUGAACACACUGUUUACACUACCACUACACCAACAUGAAACGCUCAUCAGUAAGUGUAAUUGUGAAUGUGUACUGGUAGUGUGUGUGUGUUCAAUACAGAAAAAAAUUAUAGGAAUAAGAAGAAAAAUUGUUAUUUGUUUAUCGAUUUGAGAGUUUAAAAAUUCAAAUAAAAUUAUAUAACUUGUAGUGUGUGUUAUAUCAGCUUCCUUUUAUUAUUAACGGACGUUUUGACUUCAACCUUUUGACGACUAAGGAUAUGCUGCCAGAUGGAGACCACAUGCUGGCUUCAGUCACCGCGAGUCAAUUCAGCAGCUCUUCUUCCGUGAAGCCGAUACCAGAUCGUCCCUCCGAUUUCGCGUAGCUCGUACCGGGUCCUACUUUUAACAGGCUUUAUUUAAUCCUCCUGGUUGGAAGCCAUAGGUAGUGGAGGGUUCAAGCAACCUUAAGAUUCGGGGGGUCGUUAUAUCCUGAGCCUUUUACGCGCCACUGAUGUUGGGACGUUCCAGCAGGGCCUUGUCAAAAGCGCAAGUUAGAAUUUCCACAACGAUAUAAACCGAAGGUAUGGGGAUAAUAGGUUUCAUAGCCAUUGUUUGCUUAGAGCGCUCGGGGGAAAAGUAGUGUGUCAUUAAGCCCCAUAAAAAUGAUCCAUUAUUUGCACUGGACCCGCUGCUCAUGCCUAAGUAGGCGCGUCCGUUAGUGAUAUAAUUGAUGGCCUACUAGAUUCAGGAAACACUCUGCACAGAUAAUUGGUACACUAGCAUACCAUUAGCAAAGAUGCUGGUAAAUAGAGACUCUAUGAUAAACUUAAAUAUUAAGGGCAAAGAAAUCUGUAAACCAGUCAUUGUGAUAGAUUACAACAAAGGAAAAGCAAGGUCAAGGUUAAACGGCUCCUUGUGGUAUAAAGUACAGUUGUAGUAGAUUAAAUUGGGUAUAUGUUAUUAAAAACUAAUUCAUCUCGUGAUUUACAGUUUUAUGCUUACUAGCACAAAAGUGACAUUCACUCUAAAUAAGUGCCCCUAGUGGCAAAUGCAAAUUAAUAAUCCCAUUGAUUUUUCAAACUACCCUAUUUUGGGUGAAAAUUCAUUGUUGAGGGUUAACUAUACACAACGGCGAUAGUAUUUGGGAACCGAUUAGUUUGCCGAUACAUAUGAAGACGGAUGUUAAGAAGGAAGUGAUAAAAACAAAGUUGUAUCCAUCAUUCAAGUGUCGAGUAAUGCAGUUUAUUAAUAAAAUAAUGUAGCGUACACAUUGAAAAGUUACUCUAUUUUCAAUACAUUUCGAAAAAUGACCUUCA